AUGGCUGCAGUCAUCUCGCCUUCCUGCCUCGCCUUCCCCCCGCCGUCGCCCAUGUCGUCCCCACCACCUCCCUCGCACGACGGCCAGUUUGCCUUUGCCCUCAUCAAGGGCUCCAUCUGUCUCGUACAACUCCCACCCGCGUACGCGACCCAGGGCGGCCUCGCAUCCGCUCUCCUAGCCUCGGACGUCCACAUCUUCCGCCACGAGUUCAUCACCCAGUUCCGCUUCUCUCACUCCGCCGCCGUCCAUCCCGCAGACCUCCACGUCCUCGAGCCCAUCGACGCCCAGCACACGCUCUACGAGGAGGACAAGGGCACCGUCUUCCUCGCCCGUGACCUCAUGGCCCGCCUCCAAAGGCUCACCGUCGACGCCCAGCGCUCCUUCCGCCGCCCCCGCGUCGCCGUCUCGCACUGA